UGGGUUUGUAGCAAACAUCAAAGCAAGUAGAGACAUACACUUGUGUGAUAAACUAACAUCCUUAAUUCCCUCGACAAAACAUCGACCAUGGCGGGUUUCUUGGGCAACCUCUUUGGCUUGGGUGGAAACAAUGGUACUGAGAAUGCCUUCAAAAACUCGGGAUCAGGUGGACAAGAUUUCAAGAAAGGAGAAUUCAACACAGGUGUAGAAGUUGCUAGGGGUAGAUACGCACCUUGCAAUCGUAACAAUGGCACCAAAGAUGCUUUUAACAACUCUGGUUCUGGAAAGCAGAAUUUCGGAAGUGCCAAGUUCAACACUGGUGCUAGGUACCAUUAAGAACCUCUUACUGUGAGGUGCUUCCCAAAACUACGUAGCCCUAUUUAUAAUAAUAUGGAAAUAAAAAAAAUAAGUGCUAACUAUGUGGGCCUUUCUGUAAUAUGUGAUCAUAUAUGCUAAUAAUGGUGAUGCUGGAGCUCAAGCUCUUUGUCUGUAAUGCUGAACUCAUCCAGUUAUAUAAUAUGCUUUUAUUAUCUUCUUA